GAGGGGGAAGAAGCGGAGGUGGAGGGGGAAGAGCCGCCGGCGGCCGCGAGAACAGCGGCGGGGAGAGGCGAGCCCCCGGCGCCGAUUCGCACGGAGAACUGCUCAUGAGGAGAGAUCCAUUUGUUGGAUGCAAUAAAAAAAAAGAAUGAAUCAAAAUAAAAGCUCUAAAUGCAAGUACCAGAAAAAUUACAACACAUCUCAGUGAAUUUGCAGGUGGUUGAUCUUUCCUUGUGGGUUGGCAGGCAGUCAUAGGACUGCAAAAUGGGUCUCCGGAUUCACUUUGUUGUUGACCCACAUGGUUGGUGCUGCAUGGGUUUGAUUGUCUUUGUCUGGUUAUACAACUUUGUUUUAAUUCCCAAAAUUGUCCUCUUUCCUCACUAUGAAGAAGGACAUAUUCCAGGCAUAUUAAUAAUAAUAUUCUAUGGCAUUGCCAUAUUUUGUCUGGUUGCCUUAGUGAGGGCCUCAAUAACUGAUCCAGGAAGACUCCCUGAGAACCCAAAGAUCCCACAUGGAGAAAGGGAGUUCUGGGAAUUGUGUAACAAGUGUAAUUUGAUGAGACCAAAGCGUUCCCAUCACUGCAGCCGCUGCGGCCACUGUGUUAGGAGAAUGGAUCAUCACUGUCCAUGGAUUAACAAUUGUGUUGGUGAAGAUAAUCAUUGGCUUUUUCUGCAGUUGUGUUUCUACACUGAACUUCUUACUUGCUACGCACUGAUGUUUUCUUUCUGCCACUAUUAUUACUUUCUUCCACUAGAAAAGCAUAACUUGGACCUCUUUGUUGUUAGACAUGAAUUGGCCAUAAUGAGACUAGCUGCCUUUAUGGGCAUUACAAUGUUAGUUGGAAUAACUGGACUCUUUUAUACUCAACUAAUUGGCAUCAUCACAGAUACAACAUCUAUUGAAAAGAUGUCAAACUGUUGUGAAGAAAUAUCGAGGCCCCGAAAGCCAUGGCAGCAGACCUUCUCAGAAGUUUUUGGCACUCGUUGGAAGAUCCUGUGGUUUAUUCCUUUCAGGCAGAGGCAACCACUGCGAGUUCCCUACCACUUUGCCAAUCACGUCUAAACAGAUGGAUGGUGGGCACAGAUGGGUCCUCCAUGCUGGAAAUGCGUUACAGGUUUUCUGAUAAUAGAACUAUGACAGUCUUCAAGUCAAUUAAAAUCCACCCACCUAUCCUAAGCAUCAUAAUGUGCCCCAGGCUUUAUUUUAAUAGUGAUCUUGAUCCUGUUGUGGGACUAAUACAUGAUCUAUAUUUAAGUUUUAAAGCAUGUUUACUUUCAAAUUAGCUUUCCACAGGGAUUUCUUUAAAUGCUUUUGUUAUUAAACUCAAAAGGCAGUGAUUGGGAUGAAAUAAUUGUACAUAAUUUCUUUUAGUACUGACAGUGUUACAGAUUUUACUUUAUGGGAAACUUCAGAUGUUUAUUUAAAUUUUUCACCCUUGAGCAGUAUUAACCAAAUCUGAAUUUCAUUCUUUAGGUUUUACAGAAGUUGAUACAUCUUAUAUGUAAAUUUUCUUUUUCAAAUACAAUUUUAUGUUAUACUUCCUUUUAUAUGUGCUGCAAGGUAUUUUUUAAUGUAGCAUAUAGGAUUGAACAACAAAAAAGCAAAAAUAGAAACAAAAAAGGACAGUGUUUUCUUAGAAGUAGCUUUCUAAUGUUUUUUUUUCCCCUCACCAAAAACAAAAUAAAAACACCACUAAAGUAAAACACCAACUACCUACCUUAUUUUAAAGGAAAGAUUUUUUUUCACAUUAACUUUCCCAUUUCUUUCCCCUGUACUGUUGUAAUUAUUGAUUUUUGUUAAAAUAUUUGCUCCAAGGGGAAAUUUUUGACCAAACAGGCAUGUGUUCCUGUUUUACCCUAAGAUUUUUAUUAGCAAAAAGGGUAAAGAAUUUGCAAUAAUUCCACUGAUACCUUUUCUAGUGUAUUUAUGUUAGAAUGCAUAUGUUUUUAAAAUGCUAGUAUAACUAGAUAAUAUAUAAUGUAUAGUAUAAAGAAGAAUAUUGUGCUUUUAAAAAAAUAUGUAUACUUUUUACUUUUCUUUACCUACUAGUAGAUCUAAAAUUACACCUUGAAGGGUUUUAUAUAGUAGAUAUUGGCCAACUAAUAUUGAAAUUUUAUUUAUAGGAAGUUACUAGUAAAAGUAAGUAACUUUUGUGUACCUGUAAUCACCCAGAUUGAAAUUAAAUUGUAAUUGACCAACUAUAAUCUGGAUUGAGAGACCUUUUGUUAGUAGCCAAUGUUAGGAAGUGACCUUAAAAUGAGAAAAUAUAAUAAUCUAUAUUCAUUAUUAGCCUUAUACAAAUUUAAAUUGCUAAUUGUGAUGGUCUCUUGGAAAGCAUAGAAUAUUUGUGUGAGAAAAAAUUUAGCAUGGUUUGAAAAAAAUUCAGUUAAAAAUUUUUUUCCAUUAGAAUACUGCAAAAUCCAUAUAUCUUUAAAAAAAUAAUUAUGUACUCAGCCUUUCCCUUGAAGAGAAGAUUGAAGGGGUAUCUAGUGUUCUUGGAGCAUAUCAAUAUUUUCUUUUUGGUUAGUUUUGGUAGUAAGGAGUCAUACCUGAGAAAUCAUGAAACAGAAGAUUACCAUUGUCAGCUAGUUAACUGUAUUGUGGUUGUUUUUUAGAAAUUAUAAAUAUCUCCUAAAAUAAUAGAAUAAGGUCUACUCAGAGAUACAAGUACCAUGUCUUUCAUGUUCUGAUUACAAUGCUUUAUUACUUAAAAACUUAGUGGCAGAUGGAAAUAUUUAUUGGUGCUGAUAAGAUUCAUAGUAAAUUUAAUAUAAGAAGUAUAUUUAUAGAGCUUAAUGAACUACAAAAUUAGUACAUAUAUUCAUUCCGGGCAGAUGGGUUGGGUUUUGACCAAAUUUGGCCUGGUGACUGAACUGUUAUAAGGAGUAAUGUAUAGAUAAUGUAGAUAGAUGUCAGUCAGAUGCCUUAUGCUGUAUACAUUCCUUUCAAAUAAGGACACUGAGAAAACAGCAAAGCCAAGUGAAGACCCCCUAAAGAGCUUUAUGGACGUAUUUAUACUUCAUAUGGUAGCAGUAGCUACCUUGAAAGGUACCAGGGAGGUACUCAGUGCCAACCUCUGCCUCAGUAAUGAGAAUCAAGAGGUGGUCUCUUUCCCACUCUAAUGGUUUCUGGUUUUGGUUUUCUUAGGUUUCCCACUUCUAGGGCACCUCUUCCCACCUUUCUCUUUACCUUCCCUGAUCCUGAUCCCUCUGUACCUGAUUUCUCUAAAUUACUGGAAUACAAACUAAUGCACUAGGCAAGGCAUAUAUUUAUUUUUGUUUGAAUGGCAGAAAUGCUACAUAUCAAUAUAUUUAUGUAGGAAUCUAUAUAAAGUAUAUCUGUAUAUACUUAUGCUGUAACUUUCAGUAUUUCAAAGUUAGCACACCUAACUGGGUUUUAUGAUUCUUGUUAGACAACUUGAGAGAGAACACCUGGCACUUUCCUAGGGAGUCCAUAAACUCUAGUGUGCUCUCUGCGCCCUCUUUUGGCUAAUUGAUGUAAUUAUACUGGCUCUGGAGAUUUAUUGCCCAAGUGAAAUGUAUACCCAAAUUCUGAACAUUUCAGAGGUACAAACUUAAGGGAAGUCUAUGUACAAAAAUGUAAGGUUUUAUGAAAAUGAAUGUGUUCCUAUUUAUGAUUCUGAUGUCUGGUUCAUACAUAUAUGACUACUUUGCUUCAUUUAUGUAUAUUCGUAUUAUAUUUUUUACUAUCAGACAAAUUUAUAUCAGAUCAGGAUAAAUAAAUAUAAACCAUUUCAUGAAUUUUAUUUUGAACCUUAUUUUGGCAAACUAAGCCCUUAGAAUUAAAGAGUUAUUACCUUAAAAUUACCAAUUUAUUAUACAACAAAUUUAUCGUAGUUACAAUGGCAAGCCAGUGUCUAAUGUGUUUUACUGAAUAUCUAAAAAAAUACAUUCAGUUUCUUAAUCCCAGUUUUGGAAUGAUUUUUUUAAACUGAUUCAAUUGCAUUAAAAUAAUAAGAGAUUAAUAAUUCUUUCUAUACUUCUCUUCAUUCUUUUUAACUUUCCUACUGUGAGUUAGAGCUGUAGCUUUAGUAGCCAAUUUAUUAUAUAUUCUGGGUAACCAUGAAAAUAACUAGUGAUGUUGAGCAUUAGAAAAUAAUUAUGAGCAGUGAGAUUACUGAUGUAAUCUGUAUAUUUGAUGAAGUAUUUGCUUAUAAACAUUUCAUUUCAUUUUAAGCGAAAUGUAUUUUAAAGGGUGUUUUACAUUCAGCAAAGUCAUUAAUUGGACUUCUGGAAAUGAAAGUAGUUGUUAAGUACUUGUUAUAAGUUGCACCUCUUGAACAAUUAUGUUUGUUGCUGUUCUUUUCUGCAAACAAAAAUGUUUAUGGGCUCAAGAUUGUAGGCAAAAAAUGACUGAGUUCAGAAAUUUUAAAAAUAUUAAGUUAGCUGAUGUUCCAUUGUGAGAAAAAUACUAUUUUGCUUCAGAGUUGUAAAAAUAUUUGUGGUUAACAUAAGAGAUAGGUAUACUUAAAAUAUUAAUAUAUUAAUCUCUUUGAACAGAAGAAAGCAUAGUUUACUUUUAAGUAAUAGAAAUAGAGAACAUAAGCAUAAAGUUUACUGUAACAGCUAAGUUAAAACUUCUGUCAGAAUGAACAUCAGUGAAUGUUUGCUAAUGCUUAGAGGUAUUUUUCUCCAAGGAUGGUGGCUAAUUAUAACUGUUCUUCAUCAGGCUUUUUCAAGUCACUUUCCUACAAAUAAUUAGUUGAAGGUGUGUCACCCAAAAGGGUGUAUUAAUGCUAAUCAUAAAGACUUGAGUUAGGACAACACCUCCACCCAGGAAGUAUGAAGUAGUUUUGAUUAUAACCACACACCUUUCUAUGUGUUAGAUAAUGGAGCAGUUUGAAUGUUCUCACAUAUGUUGGUAUAAAAUCACAAUGUAUCCAGCUCUAGUUUACAAUGGUAUUAAUAUUAACAGAGCUGCUAGUCUUUCCCUGGAUUUUUCUCUAGUGUCUACUUCCCUUGUGCUUCAUGUAUGAAUAGACUACUUAGCUCAAGUUUACUAAACUAUUGCUGCUUCAUUAAAUAAGUUUUUGACAUGACCUCUAUAUAUGUAGAUAUAUCUAGAAUUUACUUGGUACAGUUUACACUUACAAACAUUAAAUAAUUUAUUAAUAGAUAUAAGUAUUAGAUUGUUUACCCAAUUCUACUACUGUUGCUUUCAAAAAUAUAAGUACUGGCAAAUGUAGUUAGUAAGUCAUGUACAUUUAGUAUGUUCUACUUGCUAGUAUUAGUAACCAUAUAAUUAACAAAUGGAUGAGUGUAUUAUUUAAUGUCCACAUUUGUUACUUUCGAUCCUAAGAAUCCUCUGAAUUUCUCUGUAAAUCACAAAUUUCAUUAUGGUCUGAAUUUAGCCAUUCUCAAUUGAAUUCUAGAAUAUUCUUCAGCAGAAUGUGAGAAAGUGAUAGAACCAACUUGCUUGAAGUAUUUUGAACCAAUGUUGUUCUUCUGUAUAUCAAACAGUAUUUAGCAUUUCAGCUGCAUUUAGGAUGAUGAUGGUUAAACUUCAGGAAGUGUUUUCUCUGAUGUCUCCUUUCAUUAUCAUUGUGCAAUUUUUAGCAACAAAAUUUACUACAUUUUUGUCUGUUCUUCAGAUGUUGUAAUACUGCCUGCUAGUGCUAAUUUGAAACAGAAAUAAUAAUGGUGUUUAUCCUUAUGUCAUUGGUAUUUUCGGUAUUUUCCCUUAUCAUUAUUUUUUUUACUAUUAUUAUUUCCUUUUUCCCUUGUCUACCAUAGAGGACAGGUACUAAUGCGUAGUGAGUAGCCAAAAUUGGAUAAAGAGAGUAUUAAGAUGGAGAGAAGGCUAGACAGAGCAUGUAUAAUCAGCAUCUCAGCAGCAGGGUUUACUGGAUACAGAAUCUGUGACGUCAGAGAAUUCCUCUGCUGCAAUCAUUUUAGCCUUAUCUCUUGUUGACACUGUUUCACUGUAAGAGUUGUUGAUGCGUUUAAGCGUUUAGUUUGAGUUAUUUUAUCCAAGGAGUGUAUAUUGCUGAUUCUUGUCAGCUAGUCAGAUGCCUUUAAGAAAUUAUUUUGAAUUUUAAAUAUCGUAAGUGCACAGUGUACAUGUACGCUAACAUGAAGUGUCAAGAAUUAUGCGAAAGUACAGCUACUUAAUGCCAAGCAGAAAUGAAUAGGUUGCCCAAGGUUUGAUUAAAAAAGCUGGGACCUUUUUAUAAGUCUCCUCUUGCAGAGGAAGGAUAUACUAAGUAUUGUAGUAAAAUCUGUCAACAGAGGGAAAAUCAACAGUUUAUAUAUAAAGGAUGAUUUUCACUUUAAAAUUUGGACUAUUUCAGUUUUUCAUAUCUUGAAGGUCUCCGUAGCUCUUGGUAUUGUGACUCCCUAUAAGAUGUAAUGUGGUGCUUACCACAGUUGUUCAACACUCUGAUCUUUUGGGUAUUGAUAGCUGUAUAUCUAAACAGAGAUAUGGACAAAACAGUAGCAAUGAAAGGUGGUCUUUUUGUAGUUUUGCUUGUCUGUUGACUAAAUACAGGGUUUACCUGGGUACGCUGUCAACUAAAGGGAGAGCUAGUCUGCAUAUUGCACGCUCAGUGUUCUUGUCAGGGUGUGUCGGGUGACAUUGGAACUACCGGUGCCUGAAGUUAGUGUUUCACAGCCUCAACAGCGAAGACAUCCUGGUGCUACUCACUUUAACAUUGAGUGACAUUUUUAAUUCCCGUACCAAAGAGUUAAUUUUCUUUUUGGUUCACUGAGUUUUCUUCUCACAUCCUUGUGUUUAUAAAGUAGAAUUGAAUGUCACUAAGAACAAUUUUGAUUAAUAGAUCUUAGUUUUUGCACACUGCUGCCUCAAUUUAAUUGGCUUUAAGUGUCUGUCACUUGGUCUGUUGUUUUCUUUUUUUUUUACUUAGAAAGUAAAGUAAAAAAAAAAGAGUUUUUGGUUUUUACUUAAUAUGGUCUUUAAUUUUGUAUUUUCAUAUAGAUUGGCUACUUUAAAAAGUAGUUUAAUAGGUCGAACUUAAAAAGAUAAUUGAAACACUUUACACAAGAUUUUUUUGUUUUAUUCUGUAGGAAUAAAUGAGAAAUAAUAACUCUUAUUUCUACAGAUGAACUCUGCAGCUUGUUGGACCCUUUUAAUAAAUGCUAAAGCAAAAUGCUAAAAGGAGAAGUUAAGGACCCAUUCUGAUUACAGAUGAAGAAUUCUGCAUCUCUGUGUGUGUGUAUGUGUGUGUGUGUAAUCCUUAGUGGUAUUAAAGAAUGAUAAUUGCCAUUUGUCUGUUUUGCAAAUAAAGAUAAAAUUAAAGAAUGUUUUAAAAAUAUACGCAUAUGUGAUAUAUGUAUGCACACACACACAUGCACACACACACUCUUGCCCAAGCGGAAAUGCAAAACUUUGAUUUAAAAGCAAAACGAAAAUUGAACUUUACCAAAAAAAAAAAAAAAAAAAAAAAAAAAAAAGCCUGGAUGUUGUUACUCACUUUACGUAAGUUAGAGUUAAGAGUAUUUUUAAAACUAAUUCUGCUUAGUGAUUCAUUUUACAAAAAAUGGGAGAGAACAUCCUUUAGAAGUAGUUGUCCAAAUGUAAUACUGCUAUGUGUACUAUCCUGGUUCCCUGUUUUUUUUCCACAGACUUCUAAAACACUCAUUUAGUGUCCUUAAAAAAACCGUAGCUGAAAUGAUUAAAAAUUUUGGCAAGAAGAUACCUGUGUGUAUGUAUUGGAAAAGUAGACAAUCACAUUUGAGAAUGUUUUGCAUAGUUUUCAAUCAACUAAAAUCAUUCUGUCUUUGAAUGUAGAUACAAUGUAUGGUUUUGCAGUGAAUUCUGAAUGGAAAAAAAUCAAGUGAAACUAGUGUGAGAUGUGACUUAGGAUCAUUUGAAUGGUAUGUAGAAAUACAGAUGUACAUAUUUUUAGGGGUAAAGACGAAAUUUAAAAGCAAAAUGGGAAGAGACAACAUUGUCUCUCUGUCAACAAUAUAUUUUCUAGAUUUUGUUGCGACAAUAUCAGUUCUGAGUUACUCAGCUUGUUUAUGUGUUACUUAAAUUAAUGUGGCUGAAUGCAGUUAUUUGUUCAAGUUAUUGGGUAGUAGAAGAUUCACAACUAUCUGCUCUCCUCCAGAGAUGAAUAUUAAAAAGAAAUAUCGGGCUUCCCUGGUGGCGCAGUGGUUGCGAGUCCGCCUGCCGAUGCAGGGGACACGGGUUCGUGCCCCGGUCCGGGAAGAUCCCACAUGCCGCGGAGCGGCUAGGCCCGUGAGCUAUGGCCGCUGAGCCUGCGCGUCCGGAGCCUGUGCUCCGCAACGGGAGAGGCCACAACAGUGAGAGGCCCGCGUACCUCAAAAAAAAAAAAAAAAUCUACUUUAACAUAGGUACAAUAAAGCGACUAAAUGAUACAAUAGGAAGAAGUUUCUCCACAAUUGGAGAUACUCAGAGAAAUAAGUUGCAGGUCUAACCUGGGGGAAUAGAAUAGGCUUUGGGGAGAACUGAGCGUAGAUGAUCUUGCUUGUAGGAGCUUUAUGCCCCUGGAAUUAGUCUUUUUAAAAUGUGACUGGCAAGUUUAAUGAAUAGGCAAAAUUUGUGAUAUUUCAAGGCUCCUAAAAUUUUGUGUCAACCUCAAAUGGUGUCUAAUAUUAUAUCCCUAAAAUAAAAGACUUUUAUUUUAAUAAUGGUAUGUUCCAAGUGCCAUAUGACAAUCCUGUUUUUACAUUUAUCAGGCAUUUUUUCAUUCAGUGCAUAUGUUUAAAUCUGAGUGCUGUUUUGCUGCAUGUCUGUUUUACCUUGUCAGUUCCCCUAAGAGCAUUUAAAGAAAAAUCUUCACUGACAUUUCUUGUGCUAAAGGUAAUAAGGAAAAUGAUAGUUGAGGGAUAUGAGAAUAGAUUGAGAAGAGGGAGGAAAAUGACAAGUGGGAGCCAUGUAUCUGAGAUAUACUUGUUUAAAUGAAAAGUCGACACUGGUUCUUAAAAUGAAAAACCAUGUAUCUACCUUAAGAACAGUGUUUUGUUUUUAAUUUAUUUUAACGAUUUACUUUUAUUCAUGUAAUAUUUCUGUUUUAUUUGCAGAUUGUUUUUAAUUUAAAUUGUGGAGUUUUUACUUCUCUUGAAACGUAUUAUGUACUGUAUUUUUAGAAAUCUUAUUUUUAAAUAAAUAUUUUUUAAAAACAUA